CACUGAUGCAGGAUUAGGUUUGUUGGUUCAGACACGAAGAAAACUUCGGAUUUUUUGGUUUGGUUCCGGAUAGCCGAAGAUCUUUUAAGAACCGACAACCCCUUACUGACUCCUCCCUUCACACUUUGACUACUCACAAUCUCGAAUACUUGUGAUAUUUUUAUCCUUCAAUCAAAUAUAAUAGAAUUCGAUAACCGCCAAUGGAAAAAGACUAUUUUCUCUCUCUCCCGCUCUCAACAUACAUACUAGCUCUAAUUUUAAUUAAAAAUUUUUAUUUUUUAGAUGAACGUCCAUUUAACGAAUUCUCAAGAAAAGGUUUUUGGAAGAUGUUGACAGUUAAAGACUUUCUUGGGGAUUGUAUGUUAAUCGUUACUGUACAUCCAUAUACUGAUAAAGAGAUUUGUUCAAAAAUAAAGCAACGACUUGUUGAGAAAUUUCUUCAUCCUCAAAAUCCCGAAGAUCUUUUGCCUGAUUGUAAUGUUACUUCAAUAUUUUGGCAAGAACAAGUUAAUUCUAGCGAUGAUAAAAAUUAUGAACAUUUGGCAGGUCCUCCAUUUGUUUAUGAAUCUUUGUUGGGUUGUAAUUUUCGAAUAUCUCCAUCUACCUUCUUUCAGACAAAUUCAACCGGGGCAGCUUUGCUUUAUUCAGCAAUUGGAGAUUUACUUAAAUUACCUAAAUUAAUUAAUGCCCCAGGAAGUGAAAAAUUUAAUCGAAUGGAAAAAUUAAAAAAUAAUAAAAAUAUUUUGAAAGAAGAGAAAAUUGUGGUUGAAAAAUUGGAAGAUAAUAAAGUUGGAGAAGAAGACAAAGAAGAAUGUAUUGCAAAAAAGCCUCGUUUAGAUAAAGAAAAAAUUGAAGAGAAAGAGUCAAAUAUAGAGGUAUUAUUAAAUUUUAUUAGAAAAUAUUUUUGUUGUGGUAUUAUUUUAAAAUAGAAGACAAAUUUUUGGUGAAUA